AUGUCGCGUGUGCAGAGGUUCUGGGAGACGGACCCCGAUGCGGUGAUGUGGAAGUAUGGAACAGAAUUGGAGAAGGCGAAGCCGGACCAGGCGAUGAUGAUUUGGGAGGAAAUGACGAGGAAUGGGGUGAAACAGGACAAGACGGCGGUGAAUAUUUAUCUGAAGGUACUUAGCAAGGCGAAUGAUCGGAAGUAUUUGCAGGAGAUUGAGCGAGUGAAGAGGCUUUAUAAUGUUAAUUAG